UUCAAGACGUCCCACGUGAACCUUGCGCAAUCAGGAUGUCAUCAACUCUGAGCGUAUUGCUCUUCCUGUCUGCCGUACAGACGGCUUUCAUCUAUUUGGUGGACGCGGUGCCCACAUACAGCGGUUUGGCUGAACUACCCGAAAUAUCGGGGGACGAGGUUCAGGACGUGGAUGGAAAGAGUCCUCUGAGCGACCGACAUAAGUGGCAUCUGAUGGCCAAAGAUCUGCACCGGGACGUCAAGAUGCUGAGAGACCAACAGUUUGAGAGAGAUUUCAGAGAGACGGUGAACAUGACGGCAUAUGAGGGUGUGAGGAUCAAAACGCCUCUCCUCAAACCGUCAGACGGCUGCCUGUCCAGAAACUUCAGCACAGAACGGUGCCUAAAACGCAUUUACAGCGUCCUGACCUGGUAUAAAGAGAACUGGAGCUUCAUCGAGAACGAAAACCUGACAUCAAGCCUGGUGAACGACAUCAAACACGGGACCAAACGCCUGCUGGAGGCCAUUAACAGCCAGCUGCAGAUAGCCGACGGACAGGCGGAUCAGAUGUCCAGCGCUCCUCUAUCGGUCAAAUCGGCGUGGACGCGCAAGACCGCCGCGCACUCCAUCCUGUUCAACUUCACCAGCAUGAUGAUCGACACGUGCAGAGCCAUCAAUUACAUGAGCAAACACAAAACUGCACAUCGUGGAAAAGACAUGAAAAGACCCAGAGACUGGAGCUCCGACAAGAACUAAUUUAUUAAACCAAUUUAUUUAUUUAUUUACCAUAGCUGAUAUUUAAUUCAGAGAAUUAUAAUUUAAUAUUUAUGAGUGUUAACUUAUUGAUUGUUGUGCAACACUGAUAUUUAUAAAUCCAAUAUUUAUGUACUUGUUAAUGGAUUCUCUAGUUUUUA